AUGAGUGUAAACAACCAUCUAGGAGACCAGAUCGACGCGCAGGCAUCGCACGACCAGGAUAACCAGAACGACAUCUACAUUGACGAAUCUGAAAUCGCCGAUGUUGUUCCCGAUUCCAACGAGCCUGAGCCCGAAGAGGACGAUGACGAUAUGGAGGGUCUCGACGAGGGCAUGGAGGACGACGGAGAGCAGGGCGAGGGCGAGGAGCGAAUCGAGGUUGAUAUGCGAAACAAUGCCGUGGCCUGGUUCGACAAACAUGAGGACUCUGUGUUCCGAGUGAUUGCACACCCCUCGGUGCCUCUGGUUGUGUCUGGAGGUGGCGACAACUGUGGAUACAUGUGGACCAGCAAUUCCAACGAACCAAAGCUGGUGACCAAACUGGACGGUCACAAGGAGAGUGUGACCGAUGGAGGCUUCACUGCCGACGGUACUUUUCUGGUGACUUCAGAUAUGGCUGGAUGUGUCAAGUUGUUCCACGGCACUAACAAGUUCCAAAAAUGGACCGAAAUUGACUCGAUCCAGGAGGUUGAGGAAGUCGUGUGGACCAAGGUGCAUCCCGAGCAGAACAUUGUGGCCUUUGGAGCCACCGACGGCUCCGUUUGGGUCUACUCCAUUGAGGACACUGGCUUCGUGUCCAUGACUGUGCUGAACGGUCACUCUGGCUGCUGCACUGUUGGCACCUGGGUUCUGGCCGACGACAAGGACUCUCUGACUCUUGUUACCGGCUCAGACGACGGAUCCAUCGUCAACUGGAAUGUCUACAACUCCGUGGCCAACUACACUCUUUCUGCCACUCUGUUCAAGGGCCCCGACGUCUGGGUGUCCAUGGCCGAGGACCCUACCAAGAAGACUUUGGCCGCUGGAGCUGCCGACGGCAAACUCGUAUUGUUCAAGAUUGACGGAGGUCAGCUCAUUGAGACCAUCAACACUUGCUCUACCAAGAUGGAGGACGGAGAGCGGUCUGUGGAGGCUCUGUCCUGGUGCAAGAGCAUGAAACUGCUGGCCGCUGGAACCACUUCUGGUCAGAUUAUGCUCUACGACACAAACACCUGGCGUCUGCGAAAGAUCCUCGUCAUGGGAGACGCCGUCACCUGGCUGCAGUUUAUCGAGGAUACUCCCGUGCUGGUGGCUGGUGCUAUGGACGGAGUUAUUCGACGAUUCGACGCUCGAAACGGUGACGAGAUGUGGGUUGGACGAGGACAUAACAUGGGUGUCUUGGAUAUGGCUGUUACUAGCCAGGGUAAGCUGGUUACUGCGGGUGACGAGGGUGUUUGUUUGGUUUUUGACGAGACCAGCGAGAGUCUCCCUUAG